AUGGCGAACAACCUCUACUAUCUCGUCUUAGACGUCAUAAUUGUGUUGCUUCAACUCACCGUGAUUAUCUGCAACGGAUUCAUCGUUUUCUUGUUUGCCAGGCAGAAAAAUCUUUUGCAAAACCCCUCUCGACUGCUGGUAGCACUUCUUACCAUAACUGACUUCCUCCAUGCUAUUACAACUCUUCCAUACACUAUGUAUCUUAUAAUUUCAUGGGAUCCAGUAUAUUUCAGUUUAAGCUGGCACUAUCUAAUGAUCUCCAGUAUUCCUGUUGUUAUUCAACUGAAGAUUAACCUCUCAUUGAGUAUUUCCAUUGCUGUUGAGAGGACUUUGGCUAUGUACUCCCCAGUCAUGUUCCGUAACGUGUCUUCCCGCUCGUAUGCAAUGUUCAGCUUAUUGUUUGGAUUUUUAUUAGCGAUAUUCGAUCUUGUUCUGGAAUUCUCCCUCACGCCAUUUAGUGACUCUCCAAACUGUGCCUCAGCCGGAUGUUUUAUGAGUGACAAUUUCCGCUACUAUUGGGGAGUCAGCAACAUGGUGAUGGGUAUCAUUGUGAUUGUUUUAAUGACCUUAAUUCUCAUUAAACUGCGGGCACUUCAGCACCAACCAAAACCACUUGGAGCUGUGAAAUUGAGAAGCGACAGAUUUAAACAGCGUUGGAAUCCUUCUUAUNUUGGAAUCCUCCUUAUAUCCCUAAUGUGUGUCACUCUUCCAAGCGCAUUCGCUGUUCUAGCCAAAGUGAAGGGCUUCCGUGUUUUCAAUGUCGUCGGUCCAUUCUAUCUUGUUGGGUUGCUCUGUGCCGGUGCGUGCAAUACUGUCAUAUACAUUGCGCUUGAUAAGGAAGUGCAAGAAGUGGCAAAGAAAUUCAUCACUUGCAAAGCGCCUUCUCUUUUCGUGAAUGUGACCACUGUCAAAUCUUUAUUGAAGGUCUGA